AUGGCCAACAAGGAAGAUAAUAUGACUAUUGCCCCGGUGCAGGAGAAGCACCACGAUGCUUCUUCUGCGGAGGAUGUCGAGAAGCUGGUCGUGACGCAUCAGCCAGAAUUGAAGAGGAAGCUGAAGAGUCGUCAUUUACAGAUGAUAGCGAUCGGUGGUACAAUUGGCACAGGUCUAUUCAUCGGUUCUGGAGGUGCUAUCGCGAAAUCUGGGCCAGCUGGUGCUCUCAUUGCCUACAUCUUCGUGGGCAGCAUCGUCUACUCAGUCAUGCAAUCUUUGGGUGAAAUGGCUACUUACAUCCCAAUUACGGGUGCAUUCACAUCUUACGCUACUCGCUUCGUCGACCCCAGUCUUGGAUUUGCUAUGGGUUGGAUUUAUUGGUUCUCAUGGGCUAUCACUUAUGCCUUGGAGCUGACUGCGACGGGACUUAUCAUCCAGUAUUGGGACAAAAGUCUCUCGAUUGCCAUCUUCAUUGCCGUGUUCUGGGUCGUCAUCACGGCAAUCAACUUCCUGCCUGUCAGCUUCUACGGCGAGACGGAAUUCUGGUUCUCGAUGAUCAAGGUCAUCACCGUCAUUGGCUUCCUGAUAUUCGGCAUUUGCAUCGAUGCUGGCGCGGGUCAGAAUGGCUAUCUGGGAUUCCACACCUGGGGUAAUCCAGGCGCUUUCGCACCAUACCUCCUCGAUUCGACCGGACCUCUUGCGAAGUUCGUUGGGUUCUGGUCGGUCCUUAUUCAAGCUGGCUUCUCCUAUCAAGGGACAGAACUCGUUGGCAUCGCAGCCGGAGAGACGGAAAACCCACGCAAAAACGUUCCUGCAGCAAUCAAAAAGACCUUCUACCGAAUCCUCUUCUUCUUUGUCUUCACUAUAUUCUUCAUCGGUCUCCUCGUCCCCUACGAUAACGAGGACCUUCUCAACGGUGGAUCGGACGCUUCCAGCUCUCCGUUCGUGAUCGCCGCCAAACUCGCAGGUGUAAGCACCCUCCCCGGACUCAUCAACGCCGUUCUUCUCUUCGUCGUUCUUUCCGCCGCAAACUCGAACGUAUAUUCUGGAUCUCGUAUCCUCGUCGGUCUCGCUGCUGACGGAUCCGCGCCAUCUUUCCUAAAACGUACCAGCAAGAGCGGCGUGCCAUACGCGGCAGUCGCAGUAACUUCAGCAGUUGGCCUCCUAGGACUCCUCAAUCUCUCCAACAGCGGCGCGACAGUGUUCAACUGGUUCAUCAACAUCUGCGGUGUCGCAGGAUUCAUCGUAUGGGCAUGCAUCAACGGCUGCCACAUCGCCUUCAUGCGCGCUCUCUCCGCUCGCAACAUCUCCCGCGAAAUUCUCCCAUACAAAUCAUCCUGUCAGCCAUGGUUCGCCUGGUACGGACUCUUCUUCAACAUCCUCAUUAUCCUCACUCAAGGCUUCACGGCCUUCAUUCCAUGGAGCACCGUCGAUUUCUUCAUCGCCUAUGUUAGUUUGAUUCUGUUCGUCGUCUUAUAUGUCGGUCAUAAACUCGUGAUGCGUACUAGUCUCGUCAAGCCGAACGAGGCGGAUAUCGAUACUGGACGACUUGAUCUUGAUGAUACCACUUGGAGCAUCAGCGAACCUACUACUAAGUGGGGCAAGUUCUGGGCCUGGUUGGCGUAA